CUGGGACCUUAUGUACUCCGGAGCCCUCCAUGCCUGCCAUAUUGGUACCCAUAUAGGGUGCCUAGCACGUGGCCGACACCGGGGGUCGCACCCUGUGCCGGCCUUUACUUGAGCCGCGUGUAAAGGCGCUUGGAGCCCCCACUCCGGACGCCAGGGGCCCGCUUUUGGUGGUGAAGCCGUCAUAUCUAGUAUUGAGAGAAGGGCCCUAUCUUUACCUCUACACCCUACUUCUUUGACGUCCGAAGACAGACUGACGCGCUUCAGCUUCAGCGCGGAGCGGCUAACUUAUAGCAAUGACUACAAUUUCAACAAAUAUGGCAACCCUAAGUUCGAGACCAUUUGAGACAUUAAAUGAUGGGGUGUAAUCGUUUGGUAUCAAAGCAAUCUGCUGUUACCAUCAACGUGUGUUUAGAAUCUAAAUUUUAAACUGUUCCAUUGAGAAGUGUUUUACGUUUUUUAUAGUAAGAUAAGAGUCAAUCGAAGUUUUUGGGGCACUUCAGACCCCUCGAAUACAAAGGCAUGUCCAAUCUUAUUGAAUGUAUAAUCACAGUCCUGUGUUUAUUAUUUUCAAUAUGACGUGCAAUUGAAUACACGUGUUGUGAAUGACAAAUUCGAAGAUUUAUAACAGUGAAGUGUUAAAUACAUACCUUGUUUAAUUGAAAUAUAUUAUAAACUGUGUACCACUGCAUAUAGUUCACAGUAAUCAUAAAGAAAUAUUUUAUUACGAUAUAAUAUUGAAAUAUAACCUCAAAAUUUGCCGAUUUUGUUAUAUAUGCUUAAACAACGUGAGCCAAUAUCAGCAUUCGCAAUGUAUGCUAUGAAACGUAAGAAUGUAGAACUAUCUUCAAAAUCAAAGAAAUUAAAAAAAAGACAUGCUUCUCCUGGGAAAAAGAUCAUUCCAAAGGAUAAUAUUAAACUUGAAGUACAGGAGAAGACAAAGCAAACAGCUGCACAAAGAACUGUUCAACGCGCAAAUAAAGUUCCUACAAAUAAGAUUCAAAUCACAAAGAAAAAGAAUGUUGUAUCUAAAAAACCUAAUCGCUCUGUCACUUCUAAGAAAAAUAAAGUAGUUCAUAAAGUAAUACACAAUAAGAAAAAUAACAAUGUAGCCACUAGUCUAAAAGAAAAGGAAUCAAAGAAGAAAGGAAAAGGUUCCCUUUUAACCAUGAAUACAGGUGUUGCAAAAAUGAAACAAAUUGCACAGAAGCAAAAUAAAAGCAGAAAAUUGAAAAAGGAUGAUGAACAAAAAGCUUACACUAAAAAUAAAGUAUCUGAAGAAGAUCAUCAGAAUCCAUUGAUAACUAGCCAUGUUAUAUUUGGGUGGUUAAUACACCCAAUGAAAGUAGAAGAUUUCUUUGAAAACAAUUGGGAAAAAACACCAGUUCACAUUAAGCGGAAGUUUCCAAAUUACUACAAAUCACUCAUGUCCACUCCAAUGUUAGAUAAAAUAUUAAGAGAAUCUUAUAUAAUGUUCACCAAAAAUAUUGACAUCACCUCGUACGAAAACGGUGUAAGAGAAACACAUAAUCCUGUUGGUCGUGCGGUUCCUAGUGUUGUUUGGGAUUAUUAUAUGAAUGGAUGUUCUGUUAGAAUGUUGAAUCCACAAACGUACAUACCAGACUUAUAUAAAUUAAAUGCUAUCCUUCAAGAAUUUUUUGGUUGUUUCGUCGGUGCUAAUUCUUACUUAACACCGCCUAAUAGCCAAGGAUUUGCACCCCAUUACGACGACAUCGAAGCUUUUAUAUUACAAGUUGAAGGAAAGAAAAGAUGGAGACUGUACAAACCGCGAAACGAAAGCGAAUAUUUAGCGAGGUAUUCCUCAGAGAACUUCUCGCAAACUGAAAUUGGUGAACCGAUAUUAGAUACAAUUGUAAACGAAGGAGAUUUGUUAUACUUUCCACGAGGGACCAUUCAUCAAGGUGAAACCUUGGACGACACGCACAGUCUCCAUAUCACGUUGAGUGUGUAUCAAAAAAAUAGUUGGGGCGAUUAUUUAGAGAAACUGCUUCCUGAAGCGUUAAACACCGCCAUAAGAACCGACAGUGAAUUUCGAAAAGGAUUGCCUCUUGAUUAUUUAAGACACACUGGCUACGUGCAUUCUGGGACUCAGAGCAAUAGCAAAGAAGAAUUCAAAGCGAAAAUAAAAAAUUUAUUUAACAAGUUGAUAGAUCAUAUGGACAUGGACAAAGCUGCAGAUAUGAUGGCUAAGGGUCAUGUAUACGAUUUUCUACCACCCGCUCUUUUUGAAAUUGAACGAGAAUGUUCGGUUGUUGAAGAUGGUGAGCAGAUGACUGCAAAUGGAGCAGUCAAAAAUAGAGUAGAGAUAGAACCCGAUACUAGGAUACGAUUAAUGAGAUCUCAUUGUAUAAGAUUGAUUAAAGAAGAUGAAAUAUUUAGAAUAUACUAUUCCACCGAAAAUUCAAAGGAGUAUCAUGAGUACGAACCACAAUUUUUAGAAGUUAGCAAAGAAUUCGUACCUGCUGUACAAGAAAUAAUAUUGCAAUAUCCUGAGUUUAUACGAGUCGAAGAUUUGCCAGUUGAGGGUGAACAUAAUAAGGUACAAAUAGCCAAAGACCUCUGGGAGAAAUGUCUUGUCGUAACAGAGAAUCCAUUAUGCGUUUUGGAGUAAAUACAUGAUUUUACCUAAUUUGUAAAAGAAUUCAGUGACAAAAUAAAUACAGUAAUUUGAAGAUUUUUUAAAA